CGCUUUAGGAAGUGGUUACACUUGGCCAAUUCCUGGAGUGACAGUAGAGUCGAGUCAAGGAUGAACCUGACAAUAAUCUCUGAUCGGCACGCCGGCAUUAGAGAUGCCAUCUUAGGUUUAGAUCUAGCUUGGAAGUGGUCCCAAAGGUGGUGCAUACGACACUUCAAGAGCAACUGGAACAAUCAUUUCAAGUGGAAGAAGCUUGCUGAUAAUUUGUGGUGGAUUGGUAAGUUUGUAAUUAGCCGUAUAAUUUUAUCAGCUAACAAUAUCUUGUAAUCAGGAGAGUGGUGCACUUGUUAGACUCUUUCUAAAGUGAUGCAUGCCUAAGGAAAUGGGGUUUGAAGCGAUUAUCAUGAUCCUCCCAUUUCCUGGGAAAAUCGGGUUUUAAGCGAUCUUCGGAUCCCCCCUUUUUCUGUCAAACAGGCUGUGUUUCUAAGGAGAUGUAUACCUCUCCUAAGAGUCUAACGAGAGUACCUCCCAGUUGUUCGAAUUGUACUAAACUGCCGAAAAUUGACAUUGUUACUACUUUUCUGUGUCUUCCUCAGCGGUUGCCUAUCAAGAGAAUUUUUUUUUGGAGAAGAUGCAGAAGUUGCGCGAGUAUGCCAUGAAGGGGCACAGUGGCUGGAUGGACACGACCUAUCCAUGUGGACAUUUCAUAAAGAUGGAGGUACAAGAUGGGGUAUUGACACAACGAACUCAGGUGAGAGUAUCAACUCUGUCUACAAGGCCGUUCGUGCACUGCCAAUCUCUGCCAUUGUGGAGAUGACUUUUUGGAAAACGAAUGCAUGAUUCGUCAACCGACUCCACUGGGCAAGGACAAACGAGGCACAGGGAAAGGUCCAUGCCUAUAAAGUCAUGGAAGUAAUGGAGAAUGACAAUCGCAAGAGCAGUCGACAUAGUGUAACCGUUAUGAAUCGGGCAAAUGGCGAGUAUAGCGUGACGACCGGACAUCGGGAGGAUGGUAGACGGGGGGGCCACCGCCAUGAAGUUUUGGUCAAUUUCAGGACAAAAGUUGGUGAUUGCUCAUGCCAGAAGUAUCAGGGGAGAGGGUGGCCUUGUUCUCAUGCAAUGGUCGUAAUUAAAAACAGGAGCAAAGACCCCCGUCACUUCGUUAGUCCAUUCUUCAAUAUCGACUCACUCAAAAACACCUAUGGACGGAGUUUCCGUGCAUUGCCUGAUGAAGCUUAUUGGCCGCUGUACGAAGGGAAAUUGAUCAUCCCGCCGUUCGGACAGAGGCGUGAACUGGGUCGCCCGAGGAAAAAGAGAAUUCAUAACGAAAUGGAUCAAAGUGGAGGACCACCACGAGGCCCAAGACGAUGUUCAAUAUGCAAAGUUCCACGACAUGAUAAACGAAGGUGUCCAGGACCGAUUGGUCCGCAAAAUCCGGGUGCUGAUGUGCCGGACUCAGCUAAUGCGACAUAGUUUGCUUUUAUCAUUUUUUUCAAGCUAGUUGAGACUCUUACUUUGCAAGUAAUUGUGUAUUGUUGAUUGAAAAAAAUGUGUAUUGUGUAUUGUUGCUUUUAUCGUUCUUUGGAGAAGGGAACGAGAGAUUAGCUUGGGAACUUGGCCGUAUUGUUGAUUGAACGAAUUGGGAUUAUAUCAACUAAUGCAAGGAAUAGUUCCAAGGGGAUAGAAAUAAAACCAAAUUGAAACAACACUCAAUUAAAUAAACUAAGAUUAU